GUUCAUCUCAAUAAUGUAUAGAAGCGCGCUACUUCAGUGCAUUGUAAGCCAUGAGUGAGCGAACUGUACAAGCCGUACAAACUGUAUAAAUGUGAUUAUCAUUGGCUGAUUAAAAUUUAAUAGAUCGUAACGAUUCACGAUCCAGGAAAUAUUUGCUUCAACGAUAUCGUUGCCAAUUGCCGCUUGGUACCGUUUAACAAUACCGAACCAUCUAUCCCAUACAACUUGGGUGCACGUGAUUGGCGUCAGCAUCGAUCAGUUUUGGCGCCUGAUUGUUUGGCAAACAAGCGCACCAACAUGUCGAGUAAAUCGAAAAAGUCCGCGGCCAAACCGACUUCGACGUCCGGUGCUCAGUCGGUGUCCUCGUCCGCUUCUUCCGUGUCCAGCAUGACGGAAUCCUCGGAAACCGCCCUCAGUCCAUCGCGCCGCAGUCGAUUACACGAGAAGAACAGUCUCAUGAACCUGAACGACCGUCUUGCGUGCUACAUUGAACGCGUUCGCUUUUUGGAACAAGAAAACUCAAAACUGUCGCUGGAGUUAUCCUCCUGCCAGGAAACAGCCCUCCGCGAGGUGGCCAAUCUCAAGGCGAUCUACGAGAACGAACUUGCCGAUGCGAGGAAACUUCUCGACGAAACUGCACGCGAUAAGGCCAAGGUCGAAAUCGACGCCAAACGGUACUGGGAAGAAAACGAUCAACUGAGGGUGAAGCUGAACAAAAAGAUCAAAGAACUGACUGAGGUAGAUAAGGAUGCCCGUGCAAACGAGGCGAGAUGUAUCGAGCUGACGGCAAACUACAACAGCGUUUGCUCUGAGAAGAAAAAACUUCAGGAAGAGUUACGAGAAACAGAUUUGGAAGCGGCAAAGUUGCGGAAGUUAUUCGAAUCCAUGCGAAAGGAUCUUGAGCAUGAAACAUUGAUCCGAGUAGAUUUGGAAAACAACAUCCAAAGUCUUCGCGAAGAGCUUACAUUCAAGGAUCAAGUUCACAGUCAAGAACUUUCAGAGAGUAAAAUGCGGCGGCAGACCGAAAUCAGCGAAAUAGACGGAUAUCUCAUGGACCAGUAUGAAACUAAGAUGCAACAGACUCUACAGGAGCUUCGCGAUCAAUACGAGACUCAACUGAGCAUGAACCGUGAUGAGAUGUCCGAACUGUACGAUACUCGCAUUCAGAAUUUGGAAAGCCGUCUUGCCCAAGAACGCGUCCAACACGAAGAGGAGCGUCUAAAACUCGAAAAGGAGCUGAAUCGACUGCGGGAUGAGAUGACUGUCCAGCUCAAGGAAUACCAAGAUCUUAUGGAUAUUAAGAUCUCGUUGGAUAUGGAGAUAGCAGCAUACGAUCGGUUGCUAUCCUCGGAAGAAACUCGCCUCAACAUCACUCCCAGCGUCACCAGCACCACAUCUGCAGGAUUGAGCACUUCCUCGCGUCUGUUCCGCACUCCAUCCUACAAAAGAAAGCGCACAGCAAUGGACGAUUCUGUGGACUACUCCGUCACCUCUUCGGCCAAGGGAGACCUGGAGAUAUCCGAGUGUGACCCCGACGGAAAAUUCAUCAAAGUGCACAACAAGUCCAACCAAACACAGAAACUCGAUGGUUGUCAGAUAGUUCGCAAAACUGAAUCCACGGAAGUAACGUACAAAUUCCCUAAAGGAGCAAAACUUGAGGGCAGCUCAACGGUUACCGUUUGGUCGGCUUCUGCCAAUCACAAAGCCGAUCCACCGAGCAAUUUGGUUAUGAAGGGCCAAUCAUGGGCCACGGGGGACAACGUGAGCACCCGCCUACUGGACCAGGAUGGCGAAGAGGUGGCACAUGCCGAGCGGAUCAAAAUGAAAGCGGCGGCUGGUUCGGCUGGACCCAAGGAUAAGUACUUUCUCGAAGAAGGAGGUGCCAGGCUUGGAGUCAGUCGAUCCGGUAGCUUACGAUCGCCAGGACCAUCGCGAGUCGGUCAAGAGGAUAAAUACGAUGAAAGGUGUGCAAUGAUGUAAGCUUACUAGGAAGGCGUUUAUCGUUAGGAUUAAACACGUAUUUUUUUUUUUGUAUUUUUGCAAGUUAAAUGUAAAAGUGAAAUGCUUCAAGGUAGCGUGUGGAUGUAUUUUUUUGUAAAUUAAGAGAAGAUUUAAAAUAAAAUUGCAUAAUUUUAUGAUCAGUAAAUAAAUGGAAACGCAUAUAAGCAACGAAUAAAAUUACUAGAGGAGCUUACAAUCAAA